GGCACCUCCGCGGCGAUGCCCCGAAUACCCCCGCAACAGCGUUAGGUCCAAGAAAUGGUUUUGCUUGGUGGCGUGACCUCCAGCCAACAACAUUCGGGUCAUGGAUUUGGGGUCUCACAAUCUCCACAAAUUCGCCAGCUGUUCUGGCAAGUGUUCAGAAAAUCGAAAUCGCUGGCUCCGCGAAGGACAGCCUACUCCGUCUUAUUGCUGGAAAGCUGAGGUUCGCUAAGCCUUCGAUUGCCCCGCCCCCACCAAGGUGUCAAUUGGAAGGGUCCUGAAAGCUACCUAUGAGCUCAUCCCGCAAUGCGGAGCUGUACAAUACUCUCAACACGAAUUGAUAGCUCUCAAAACGACCGUUUAAUCUAACAUUCCCUUCCUUGCUUCUCUCACAUACCUCUUGACAGUUGUAAUUACUUCACUAUGGCAGCCACAAUUCCUUUCAGACAGAACUCGCGGCAGCCGUCACGCCAGAUGACCGAUCCACGCAACGAGAUCCGUCCUCAUGUCGACCAUUACAUUGGUAUCGAUGUCGGUACAGGCAGUGCCAGAGCCUGUAUUAUGAACGACCAGGGUGACAUUGUUGGUCUGGCCUCAGAGAACAUUGGCCUGUGGCAGCCACAGACCGGCUACUAUGAGCAAUCGACGACAGACAUCUGGCGAUGCAUUUGCUCCUCAGUUCGCAGAGCAAUGGACCAGCACGGCAUUGACCGAGACUCCAUCCGCGGUAUCGGCUUCGACGCUACAUGCUCGCUUUCUGUCUUCUCAGAGGAUACGGACGAGCCCAUCUCAGUCACUGGCCCGCACUUUGACAACAGAGAUGGAAACGACCGCAACGUGAUCCUGUGGCUUGACCACCGACCGGUCGAGGAGACCGAAAAGAUCAACGCUACCGACCACAACCUUCUACGCUACGUUGGCGGCAAAAUGUCCAUUGAGAUGGAAAUUCCCAAGGUGCUGUGGCUGAAGAACAACAUGCCGAAGGAGCUGUUCGAUCGCUGCAAGUUCUACGACUUGGGCGACGCUCUCACACACUUGGCGACUGGAAGUGACACUCGGAGCUACUGCAGUGUCGUCUGCAAGCAAGGCUUCGUUCCCGUUGGUGUUGACGGUAGUGUGAAGGGCUGGCAGGAAGACUUUCUGAAGGAGAUCGGAUUAGAGGAUCUGUGUGAGGACAACUUCAAACGCAUGGGAGGUGUUGACAAAGUGAAUGGCCGCUACCUCACUGCCGGCGAACUUGUUGGUACUCUCAGCGAAAAGGCUGCGGCAGAAAUGGGCCUCAACCCUGGUGUUGCCGUUGGGAGUGGUGUCAUCGACGCCUAUGCUGGCUGGAUCGGUACCGUCGGCGCCAAGGUCAAGCUUGAUGAAGACACCCUUGACAUGGGUCACGCAAAGAAUGAUGUAGAACAGGCUUUUACAAGGCUCGCCGCGGUUGCAGGAACAUCGACAUGCCAUCUCGCCAUGUCACGCGAUCCCGUCUUCGUACCUGGUGUCUGGGGACCCUACAGAGACGUUCUUUUACCCGAGUACUGGAUGGCAGAAGGUGGCCAGAGUGCAACAGGCGAGCUGCUAAAGCACGUCAUCGAAACCCAUCCCGCAUUCAACGAAGCCUCCUCCGUCGCAGAAACCUUCAAUACAAACAUCUACGACUAUCUCAACGAGCACCUCCGCGAGCUAGCUGAGCGUGAAAACGCACCACACAUCUCCUGGCUCGGGCGCCACUUCUUCUUCUACGGCGACUUGUUUGGCAACCGGUCUCCCAUUGCAGACCCAAACAUGAAGGGCUCUGUCAUUGGACUGAGCUCAGAUAAGAGCCUCGACGGCCUGGCGCUGUACUACUACGCCACGCUGGAAUUCAUUGCGCUGCAGACACACCAGAUCGUUGCCACGAUGAACAAGUCCGGCCACGUCAUCUCAUCGAUCUUCAUGUCUGGCUCGCAGUGCCAGAAUGGGCUACUGAUGCAGCUCGUAGCCACUGCGUGCGAUAUGCCUGUCCUGAUUCCCAAGUACGUGCACGCUGCUGUUGUCCAUGGUGCAGCUAUGCUUGGUGCGAAGGCAGCCAGCACAGACAAGGAUGGCAAUAGUGAGCCGCUGUGGGAUAUCAUGGAUAGGUUUAGUAAGCCGGGUAGGACGGUGAAGCCCAUCAGGGAUGAGAAUGUGAAGAAGCUGUUGGAGGCCAAGUACAAGGUUUUCCUGGAGCAAAUUGAGGGGCAGCAGAGGUACAGGACUGAGGUUGACGCCGCAAUCUCAGGCUGGACGAAGGCUUGAGGGCUGGAUCCGGAUCAGAUACGUCCUGAUCGCGAACGAGUCUAGCUCAGAUUGAUAUGCUCAUCUCGCUGCUGGCAGCUAGUGUCGUAUACAAUUUUAGACCUUGGACGUGCUUAGACGUGCGCGCUUAAUCCUGAAAUGUUGACAUUGCUUCA